AUGAAAAAAAUAAGAACAAGAGACAGCAGAACAGAGACAAAAAAGGGCAAAAGAGCCGGAAAACUAAAAUUAUCUGUGUAUCUCGCGGGGUGCCUGUGUGCGCUGGUCUUUAUGUACAGCCUGUGCGACUUUAAAGCCAAGAAAAUCGACUUUAACGACCUGGAGUACGUAAUAGCUCUGCCAAGCGACAGGUCUGAAAUACCUCUGGACUUGAAGGAUCCUAUACUGGCGUUUAAGCAGACAUUCAGCAAAGAAGAAAUAGAAAGAGUGCGAAGAAGGUAUGUAAUUAUCCAGAGCAAGUACAAGAAUAAGCUUGUGGCCAAUGUCUUCAUUAUCCCCCAAUACUACAGAAACUCCAGCAAUACAAGGGACGGAUUCUUUCUGUGCUUUGAAAUAUACAAUGUGUACGUCGCUCCGAAGUACAGAGGACAAAAACUGUCAGUACCACACUUGUACCGGUCUUUCAAGCUUUUAAAAGAGAUAUAUAGAGUGAAGCGCAAGCAGAAAUCCUAUCUGCUUUUACAUAUCUCCCCGAAGGAUAAAGAUAUGAGCAAAGCCUAUGCACUGUAUCGAACAAAUGGGUUUAUGCACGGAUUGUUCACCCAAUACGGCUCCUACUCUCUUCGCAAAAGAUCUGAAGUGUUUUCAGAUCCCCAAAGCAUAGACUCCGUAGUAAGAAACUAUCCGUACUACAACAGCGAGUACAAAGGAGAGCCUCUGACAGGGGGCGAUAAGUUCAUUUCCAUGUUCACUGAAAUGGAUACCUUCUUCACCACAGUGGAGAUGAACGCAUACACAAAGAGAGACUACGAGUUUCACAAGAACAGCGCUGAGAAACUUAGAAAGCCUCUUCUGAAGCAGCAUAAGUAUGUAUAA